AUCCAGAUACAGCUUCGUCCAAAACAACAACCUACAUGUAUUGUCGUGUACCGACGAGAAGAAAGAGCUUUGGGUGAAUAGAAGGAAAGAGAGAGCAAAAACCUACGUCCGUUAUCUCUUUAUGCUGCUUCUCUGUAAUCCCCAUGGACUCCAAUCGCCCGCCGUCCGCUAAUAGCCCUCCACCAAAACCCUGGGAGCGAGCAGGUGGCUCAACUGGCCCUGCACCUUUUAAACCCCCAUCAGCGGGCAGCACAAGUGAUGUAGUUGAGGCUUCAGGAACUGCAAAACCAGGAGAAAUAGUUUCUACUUCUGGUCAGAAUGCUGCUAUUAACAGAAACGCCCUUAGCAGGCCUGUUCCCACGAGGCCUUGGGAGCAGAGUCAUGGAACUAGCAACUAUGGAGGUUAUGGCUCUAAUGUGGGCUACAACUCUGGCUAUGGUUCUGGAAUGUAUGGUUCAGGUUCAUAUGGUGGUGUAGGGGGAAUGUAUGGUGGGGGUAUGUACGGUAACAACAUGAAUAGGGGAGGUUAUGGAGGGCUUUAUGGAUCUUCCGGCAUGUAUGGAGGUGGGAUGUAUAAUAGUGGUUUUGGAGGCUCUGUGGGUGGUUAUGGAAUGGGUAUGGGUGGUUAUGGAAUGGGUAUGGGUGGUCCUAAUGGAGUUGAAGAUCCAAAUAACCCAUAUGGUGCUCCUCCAUCUCCUCCAGGGUUUUGGAUUUCAGCUCUUCGGGUGAUGCAGGGUGUGGUAAACUUUUUUGGUAGAAUCUCGAUUCUCAUAGACCAGAAUACACAGGCCUUUCAUAUGUUUAUGACUGCAAUGCUUCAGCUCUUUGAUCGCUCUGGUUUAUUGUACGGAGAGCUAGCUAGAUUUGUGUUGAGGAUUCUGGGCAUUAGAACCAAGCACAAGAUGGUUCAGCCACCGGGCCCCAAUGGACUUCCACUUCCUGGACCUCACAAUCCCCACGCAAACCAGAACUACAUUGAAGGAGGAAAGGCAGCUCCAAGUGGUGGUUGGGACAAUGUUUGGGAAAAUGACGCGGGCAAGUGAUGCAAUUGCAAUGUGGUUGCUUGAGAUGAAGCGCUCUACUGUGUGAAGUCAUUUGUAAGUCCUUGCUGUUGUGGGUCAUCGGGAUAAAUGGGCUGUCCAAACUACUGAGGCUUAAGAUCUCAGCUAUAUGAAUCUUUUAGUGAAAUAAUGAAAUGUUGGCCAUAAGUUAUUUUUA